AUGAAAAUCGCGUCUUACCUGUACCGCCGCAAGUCAGCGCUGCUCAAGGGCCUGGUGCUCGGAUGCACCGUCUGGCUGACGGUCACCGUGUUGCUUUUUAUGGAAGACAGGCGCAUCACGCCCGCAUCCAACGACCCGUCCGCGGCCGGUGGCUACCAGCAACAGCAGCAGCCGAUCGCGGCGGCACAGCGCCGUCUGCCCGAGGACGUGGACGCCGACAACCGGUUGCUGGACGACGAGUUCCCGCUGGAAGGCGGCGUGGAACAGCAACCGGCCGCUCCAGUGAUCGUCCAGCAGCAGCAGGCCGGCUCCGCUGGGCUUCAGAACGGCGAAGGCGUUCUGCCGCAGCCCAACAGGGGGGGCGCCAAUGACGAGGAACGCGGCCGGAAAGUCUAUGGCGAGAUGGGCAAACCGGUCGUGUUGCCCGCCAACCUGACGGCCGACGUUAAGAAGCUCGUCGACGAGGGCUGGAAGAACAACGCGUUCAACCAGUACGCCAGUGAUCUCAUAUCGCUGCACAGAACGUUGCCCGACCCUAGGGACGAAUGGUGA